CUUCACAGCGGCGCGCAUUCGGGGAGCGCGCUCGUUUCUCGGAGCGCGAGACAGUUCAUCUGUGAUCCUCUUCUUCACUCGGCUCCUUCUUAACGGAAUAAUACACGGUUGCACUGUGUUUGAAGAUGGCGGCUCCUGGCUUUUGUCGUCUCUUAGCUCUGCUCCUCAUCACACUGUCCCACACCUCGUACAGCUCUGAGACCCCAUCAGAAGAUUCCAAACAGAGUCUGGCUCUUUCUUCCACCUCUGACUCCAAGCAACACCAUGACACGGGACUUCUGGGCGGCAGCCAACCACGAAGACACUGGUCACGUAAAGAUAAGGAUAGUGUUGCGCUUCACUCUCGAAGGCUGCUGGAUCGACCGGAGGAUGAUGGGACAAGUCUGGAGGGUCUAAGCCCUGUAAGGCUGGAGAUAGGGCCUGGGGAGAGUAUGAGGACGGAGGUUCAUGAGGAGGUCAGGGGUCCUGCUCAUAUGCGGCGGGGAAAUCAUCCAACAGAGGGUGAGUUCAAUCGUAAAGGCAGGAGACAUGGUCAUGGGCAUCAGGCUGAUCACAGAAAACAGGGAGGCAAAAGAGACAAGGGUCGAGCUAAAGGGGAUCUCUAUGACCCUGAACCAGAAUUAGGUUCCUUGUUGAAGGAUAUGAAUGCAUUUGAGGAUGGUUUUUACACCUCCCCGCCCAAUCACGACAAUGCCCCACUCACUGAAGCUCCCUCCCCUCUCUUCCCCAUUUUGGUAACCACGGCAAUCAACGAGCAUCCCCCAACACUGUCCCCAGCCUCCACCAAACCCCAGGUACCCUGGCAAGCAGGAGCGUCCUUGAGUAUGAAGAUGCCGGGUCGAGGGAAGACUCAAGGGGAGGUGAUGCCGACUCUGGAUAUGGCACUCUUUGACUGGACUGAUUAUGAGGAUAUGAAGCCUGUAGACACUUGGCCAUCCAACAAAAGAAAAGGAUUUCGGAGUCCUGUGUCUGUCUAUUUCCCCAAUAAAGAUAAACGGCGUGGCAAAAACAAGAGUAAUGGGAACACAACGCUUGAUGCUGAUGUCAUUGACCCAUGUGACCAUCAUCUCGAUUGCCUUCCUGGUUCCUGUUGUGAUCUGAGAGAACAUGAGUGCAAACCUCACAAUCGUGGCCUAAACAACAAGUGUUAUGAUGACUGCAUGUGUGAAGAGGGUCUGCGUUGUUAUGCCAAGUUCCACCGCAAGCGGAGGGUGACCCGAAGACGGGGCCGCUGUGUGGAGCCAGAAUCAGCCAACAGCAACCAAGGAGCCUUCAUAACCAUCUGACAUAUAGAGAGAUACCCCAUGACUGAUGAUGGACUGUUCUUUGAAGAAUGUGGGUCAAAGUUAAACUCCCUCAACCCACAGUAUAAAUGUACAUACACUGUUCAUCUGCCUGUCAGGGGUGAGCACGAUUCAGAAUUAAAUAUAAAAUGGCUUCUUGGAUAUAAAUUGAGGUAGAAAUCAGGAUACAGAAUUAAUUUGAAACAGGAAGUCAAUUUUUUUUUUCAUUUUUAAUUUGACCAUAAACGUUGUCACACACUCAACAUAUGGGAUAUAAACACUAGAUGAUAUUAAUAAUACAAUUUUGAAAUGCCAUCUAUUAAAAUUUGUCUGUGAUUUAUAAUUUCAUUAAAUAUAAUAAAACUAUGUUUUUGGACCAUGGAAUUAAUCCAAGCCAAUUAAUGGACCACUGAAUUUUCUAACAUACUUUUAUUAGUUCUAAACUUUUGUGGAUAGAUAAGAUCAGUAUAUUAUGUAAUUGAUAGAUUCAAAUUUGGUCAGUAUUUUUGUUUCUUUUUCUUUUUUCUUCAAUAAAAUUAUUUGAAAAUAAUUUGGCAAUUUUUUGGUGAUGCAGGGCGGCAUAAUUAAGAUAUGAAAAUCUGAAUAUGAGAAUUCACACUUAUGAAUUUAAAGAAAGCAGAUUCUUAAAUUAUGAAUUUUGUCCAACACUGCUAUUUGUUAAAACUUACAAAUAAGUUUGUACAGAAUCAUUUGUGUCUGAAUGGAAGGCUUUUUCUAAUGAUGAUUGUUGUACUGCUGUCAAUAACUACUGCUACUCCUGUAUUAAUGGAUAUUGAUUUGUUUGGUUUAUUUGUAAUUUAUGCUUUAUUUAUUCAAGUACCAAACAGCUUCUUUUAUCGAGAGAUGUAUCAAUGUGCUCUUCUUUAACGACUGUGCGUUCUGACAGAAAGAUGUUUGGGUGAAUGAGUGACCUGUGGGGGUUCGAGGGAUAGAGAUGGACAGUGAGAGAUUGAGGGAGAGAUGGAUGACUUGUCAGUUUAAACCACUGAGCUUCUUUAUGGUCUGACACACCUUUGCGUCCCAUCAAUGUCUUGAUUUAACUGUUUAUUAGACUUUUAUGUUAGUGGAGCUGAAAAACUUUAGUCUUUGUAAACUCUUUUCUGUCACUUUGUUUUCGACUUGAAAUUUCUCACACUUGAUAAAUUGUUGAUUAUUUUUAACUGGUAUACCAGAAAUAAACUUAUCUAAGGACACUAGGA